AUGGAACUAUCUCCGACAGCCAUAGGAGAAGUCAUUCAUCCUACUGCGGCUUAUUACCGUCCUCCCCUGGAGAUUCAGGAACAGCCAGAUCCUCCCGAUGUCGUUAACUCCUAUACUGAGCUCACUUGGGCGGAUUCUCUCCUUAAUCCUAAAAACCGUAUAGACAGCCUCGACCUGCCCCCAAAUCCCCUAUGGCGUGUCGACGGCUGUGCUGGCUUAGGCAGCCAAUACUAUGUGGUUCCGCUUUUCAUCGAACAGGUUCCCCCUAUACGCAUGGAUGUCUUCGUUUCUAAUUCACAACCGCAUCUUAUCCGUGACCAGCUCGAACUUGACAAGGCCUUCCACACCAAGGACUCCGCUCGGCUACCUAGGCUCGCUAUAGCAAGACACAUUGUCCGAAUCCUCCAGCGUUGGACUACGACCGAUUUCCAUGAUUUGUCAUCUUUCGAAAAAUUCUACAAAGGUGUGCCUUUCGGAUCACGUCUAAUCCUAGAGAAUAUGUCACUUGACGCGCACCAAGUUCGAGUUAAAGUCGGCCUUAACCAUAACCUGGAGCAUAAGUUGCUCCCGCUUUCAAGGUUGGCUGACCUCUGGGGCUCAGCAUUCCCCUUCCCUCCAGUCGUUGACUUCUUUGAUCUUCACGUAGUCAGGGUUCUACACGAUAGUGUUUGUCUCGUCCGAAUUCACGAGCAGCUAUUUAUUUUCAAGGCGUUGACCAGCGGGGCCAAAUACCUCUAUCACGAAUUGAAGACACUCUGCACGAUUGAACCCCAUGAGAACGUCAUCAGACGGCCAAUGCAUGUUGUCAUGAAGAGGUGCAAUUUCGGGUUCAAGAAGGCUGUUGCUGGUUUUACUACGUUUUAUCACGCUAAAGGUACUCUUCGAGAUGUCCUACCUAGUUUACAAGCUCAUGGUCAAUUGCACCGUGUCGAUCAGUUGAAGUGGUCGAUACAGUUAACUAGGGCUCUUGAACAUUUAAAAACCCGUUCUAAGACUUACUACCCCGAUUUACGUCUAGACAAUAUUGUACUAUCAGAAAAGUCCGACGUCAUCAUGGUCGAUUUUGAACAGAGAGGAGUCUGGUGCGAGUUUGCGGCCCCGGAGGUUAACGCUAUCGAAUACAUCCGUCUAAUUGCAACCGACGAGUGCGUACCCGAACCUGUUGGUGAGAAAUAUCGGAAGAUCAUGCAGGAAUUAGUCCCAGAAUUCGAAGAGUUGGAAGGCGAGAAAUAUACUAACCCAGAAUAUGGAUUCAACAUAUCGUGGAUUGCCCUCAGCGAGACAGAGCAAGAAGCCGCUGAAGUAUACAUGCUUGGAAGAGUGUUGUGGUGCAUCUUUGAAGGGGUCAGUGGUCCUCAGAAAGCAGCCGUGUGGCAGUCGUAUAGAUGGGAGCCCGAGCUUGAGUUUCCCGAAUACAGAAAGACCCCUCCCGCAAUGAGAAUUCUAAUAGACAAAUGUACAAGGGGUAGGCGAGAGGCGCUUGGCAACAUCAUUAUAAGGCGAAACAGUCAGCUUCUUCUAACCACUAAACCUCCCAGUGAACAGACUGCCGACGAAGUUAAGCAGACUGCGAAGCAAUUUUGGUCGGCCGAAAUCGAAGUAGCGGAAAAGUAUCUGGAAGUUAGAAGUUCCCAACGUCGCAAAGGGGAAUGGAACGAUAACUACUUCGAGCGCCCAACCUUGGCCCAAGUCUUGGAAGACCUACUGGCGUUCCAGAACGAAGUCGCUUGA